CCCGGCCCACCUUGCCCCGCCUCCGCGCGCGCGCGCCCGCCUCUCCACCCGGAAGAGCCCUCUGAGCCGCGGAGCUGGGGCGGCGCGCGGCCGGCGUCCUUCGGGAGCGCGGGCCGCCCGAGCAAACGCCGGGCGCCUAAUUCAACCAGGCGCGAGGCGGGCCCUUCGGAGCUGCGCGCCCCCGCGGCCGGCGGCGCCUCGAGCGGCUCGUGCACGCACCCCGCCUCGCCGGCCUCCUCGCGCGCCCGAGGCCGUGGCUCUACCCUACCGCCAGGCCUGGGUGCUCCGCGCCUCCCGGCCUCGGGAGCAGCGCGGCCCCGGCGACUUCUGACACUGCGUAUCCACGAUUGCCUAGAUUCAAGAUGAAUAGCGAUCAGGUUGUACUGGUUGGUCAAGUGUUUGAAUCGUAUGUGUCGGAAUACCAUAAGAACGAUAUUCUUCUAAUCUUGAAGGAAGGAGAUGAAGAUGCUCAUUACCCAGUUGUGGUUAAUGCAAUGACUCUUUUUGAGACCAACAUGGAAAUUGGGGAAUAUUUCAACACAUUCCCCAAUGAAGUACUAACUGUUUUUGAUAGUGCUCUGCAAAGAUCAGCCUUGACAAUUCUCCAGUCCCUUUCCCAGCCAGAGGGUGUCUCUAUGAAGCAGAAUCUUCAUGCCAGGAUAUCAGGAUUGCCUGUUUGUCCUGAGCUGGUAAGGGAGCACAUCCCUAAAACCAAGGAUGUGGGACACUUUUUAUCUGUCACUGGGACAGUGAUUCGAACAAGUCUGGUGAAGAUCCUGGAGUUCGAGCGGGAAUACAUGUGUAACAAAUGCAAGCAUGUGUUUGUGGUAAAGGCUGACUUUGAGCAGUAUUAUGUUUUUUGCCGUCCAUCUUCAUGUCCCAGCUCAGAGAACUGUGGUUCUUCAAAAUUUACUUGCCUCUCAGGCUCAGCUUCAUCUCCAGUCAGGUGUAGAGAUUAUCAGGAAAUCAAAAUUCAGGAACAGGUCCAAAGGCUAUCUGUUGGCAGUAUUCCACGAUCUAUGAAGGUUAUCCUGGAAGACGAUUUAGUUGACAGUUGCAAAUCUGGCGAUGAUCUCACUAUUUAUGGAGUUGUAAUGCAGCGAUGGAAGCCCUUUCAGCCAGAUGUACGUUGUGAAGUGGAGAUAGUCCUGAAAGCCAAUUAUGUCCAAGUAAAUAAUGAGCAGUCUGCGGGGAUCAUCAUGGAUGAGGAGGUCCAGAAGGAAUUUGAAGAUUUCUGGGAAUACUACAAGAGCAAUCCCUUUGCAGGAAGAAAUGAAAUAUUGGCCAGCUUAUGCCCUCAAGUUUUUGGGAUGUAUCUGGUAAAGCUUGCUGUGGCCAUGGUGCUGGCUGGUGGGAUUCAGAGGACCGACGCCACAGGAACACGGGUCAGAGGUGAAUCUCACCUUUUAUUGGUCGGGGAUCCUGGUACAGGGAAAUCUCAGUUCCUCAAAUAUGCAGCAAAGAUUACACCAAGAUCUGUGCUCACCACAGGAAUUGGAUCUACUAGCGCAGGUCUGACGGUAACUGCUGUGAAAGACUCAGGAGAGUGGAAUUUGGAGGCUGGGGCCCUGGUACUGGCAGAUGCAGGCCUUUGCUGUAUCGACGAGUUUAAUAGCCUCAAAGAGCAUGAUAGAACCAGUAUCCACGAAGCAAUGGAGCAACAGACCAUAAGUGUUGCUAAAGCUGGCCUCGUGUGCAAGCUGAACACAAGGGCCACCAUCCUGGCAGCAACUAACCCGAAAGGCCAGUACGACCCCUGCGAGUCCGUGUCUGUGAACAUCGCCCUUGGCAGCCCACUUCUAAGUCGAUUUGACCUGAUCCUGGUAUUGCUUGACACCAGGAAUGAAGACUGGGAUCGUAUAAUUUCCUCCUUUAUCUUAGAAAACAAAGGUUACCCAAGCAAAUCAGAGAAGCUCUGGAGCAUGGAAAAGAUGAAGACCUACUUCUGCCUUAUUAGGAAUCUCCAGCCCACACUGUCUGACGUGGGUAAUCAAGUCCUUCUCCGCUACUACCAGAUGCAAAGGCAGAGUGAUUCCCGGAAUGCUGCUCGGACAACCAUCCGCCUGUUGGAAAGCUUGAUUCGAUUAGCAGAAGCUCAUGCUCGCCUGAUGUUCCGCAGCACCGUGACUCUGGAAGACGCUGUGACAGUGGUGUCGGUCAUGGAGUCCUCCAUGCAGGGAGGUUCACUGCUGGGAGGUGUAAAUGCACUGCAUACUUCCUUUCCUGAAAACCCUCUGGAGCAGUACCAGAGGCAGUGUGAACUCAUUCUGGAAAAGCUGGAACUGUACGACCUCUUGAAUGAAGAGCUAAGAAGACUUGAAAGGUUACAGAAUCAGUGUGUGUCCCAAUCCCAGCCACAGGCAACAGAGGCAGAGACUAUUCCAGGAUCCUCAAGAAAUGAUCCAGGGGAAGAAUCGAAGUUUAGAACAUCAACACAGCAGGAAAAGAAUUGUAGCAAGCAUAGGUCCUCUACUGCAGGCAUUGCUGAGGCAAGCCCGCUUCUCAACCCCCCAUCCCAUCUGGGGCCUAAUGGAUCCACAAGUAGAAAACAUUCAAACAAGCACAAAAAUAGCAGAGAUGACAGUUUGGACUGGUUUGACUCCAUUGCAGCUCAUCAGAUUGAACCCACUGUUCCUGUAUUUCAUAGUCCUAAAACAACUGGGGGGGAAAUGGCUUUGAAAAUCUCCAACAACAAAUCUCAGGGUGAGGAAAAGAAUGAGGCAGGCCAGAGGAGCAGGUUGGAAACUGGACAGCUUCCAGCACCGGGAGAAGCAGAAACUCCACUGAGACCAGACAGUGUUGAGGGUAACAAGGUGAAAAAGGCAGCCGCUGUUUCUGAAGGAGCACUGUCUGCCGAUGAGGCCGGCCCAGUCCUGACUCAUCACGUCCCCAGGAAACUGCACACGCUGCGCAAGCAGAGGGCCCAGGAGUUGUGCAGGAAUCUCCCCAGGGCGUCUUCACAGCCCACAAGCCCUUCUCAUCCUCUGCCCAUUCCUGUGCGUAGCCCAGAAAGGACGCUGGAGACUCCCAAAAGGAAGAGACGGAAACCCCCUGCUCAGGUGGAAGAGCCCGGACUUGAAAGGACUGGGAGUCAGGGUCCCCCAGUGGCCAAACUGGCAAAAUUUACUUUCAAACAGAGGUCAAAACUGAUGCACCGCCCUGAAGACCACAGCCCUCUGUCCCGUGGCACGCCUGAGACCGCAGUUCAGAGUGAGAGAAAUCCCCAGCAGGGAGCAGCAAGAGGAGCAGCUCCGCCUGGGGCGGAUCCCGAGAAGCUGGCCGGUUCCCUGGCAAACAAGAGCUCGGCUCAGCGGCAGCGGGAGGCAAGGUUGCAGGCGUCCCGGCAGCCGCCAGGGAAAGUGGGGUCAAGGGACCAGGGGCAACGUGCUCCGGAAAAGAGAACUGUUCAGCCCCAGUUGGAGCUUGGGAAUGAGCCUGGGCGUUUUCACCUUACUUGUGAAAGAGACAGAAGGGAAGAGGUUUCAUGCAGGAACAAAAGGGGCAAGGUUCACGCUUGCACAUUAGCCAAAUUGGCCGACUUCUCCUUUACUUCCUCCUCUGAAUCCAAAUCAGAAUCCCCUCCUCCUCCUGACAGUGAGGACCAGAAAGUCCUAAGACCUCCUGCAACUACAGCUACUGGGCUUGGCAGGAAGAGGGAAACUUUUCAGCUGGAAGGGUCUACUGAGAGACUGACUCUUUCCACAAAAUCUCUCUUUACUUUACCAGAACUAGGUGAUGAGACGUUAGAUUUUGACUGGGAUGAAGAAAUGAGAAAAAAGCCAUAAUCACGAAAAGCCUUGUGGUCUUAUUUCACCACACCUCCCCUGCAGCUCAACACAGCACCUUCUUUACAGUGCCAAUGUGGUGUUUAUGUAUGUAUAGAACUCGUGGCCAUUUGAGCACCAAACAAUCUUCCUAUCAGGUUGUAUGAUUUCAGGUUUAUCUUCAUAACUUGAAAAGAUGUAUAAUCAAUGUAACUCACUGUGAUACCAGCACUUGAAUUGAAUUAAUUCACACUGUGCUUAAUUUUGCAAACAGAGUACUUAUGUUCCCAAAGACUUUGUUUGUUUGGGUUUGGUUUUGAGUGGUGGGCGGGGCCCGGGGGUGGGGUGAGGUUCCCAAGAUCCCUUCUUUCAUUCACUCCGGAACAAAUGCUGGGAAGAUAGGGCUCGUAAAGCUUACAAGUUAGGUGGACUCUUUUUCUAUUUUUUCCUUUGUUUUUUGUUUUUCUUUCACCCAAGAUGUGCUAAAUGUGGUGAACAGUUUUGAUUUGCCAGAAUCAUGUGAUUUUUCUAAUAUGAUUUGUCUUUAUUCUCAUGUGUCAGAUUUAAUGUGACUAGCACUUUUCUUUCUUUGAGAGGUACCCUCACAAUUCCACGGUAUCUAAAGAUCUGGCAACUGGUCAGAUAGUAGCUCUCUGAAGUACUGACUUUUUGAGUUUUCCUUUCUUGAGCCAACAUUUGUACUUCAGAUUCUUAGUCUAUUUUGGGGACUUACCUUCAACACUAUUU